CAAGUUUAUAGUUUAAUAUACGUGCUGCAAAACUGUUUUUGUUAUUGGCUCUAAUAUUUGCAUGCUUUAAUUAGCAGUAAUGAGCGUUAUUUUUGUGAGGAAAGCGCAGUCACACAUGAGUAACAGAAAAGAAAAACUCCUGGUGAAGCAGCUGAGAUCCAUGUGACAUAUUAUAAAGAUGGCGUUAAUUAAAGUGGAGAGUGAAGACCUAAAGAUUGAAGAAGUAUUCAGUCUGAAACAAGAAGAUACUGAGGAACAAACAAAGAUGGAGUUUAUUAAAGAGGAGAUUGAAGAUUUGAAGAUUGAAGAAACAUUCAGUCUGAAACAAGAAGAUACUGACACACAAACAGAUUCCUGUGAUGGCAGCGAGAGUGUUAGAGUUCGAGGAAGAAAGAGGAAGGGUACAAGUAAUUGGAAGUGUGUGCAGAAAAAAAGAAGAAUGAUGGGACAACCCUAUGUUGGGAUAAGCGGGAAAGAACAGGCUAACAUAGAGCCCCGGGUGAUGGGACCAAGAUGCCAGUCAGCUGGAUGCAUGAAGUCCUCCAAGCAUCACUGCAGUACAAUUGGAGAAGCAGACAGGGAGAAUAUUUUUAAAUGUUUCUGGGAGAACAUGAACUGGGAAGAGAAAAAAAUUUAUGUGCGUAGUUUGGUAGACGUCAUCCCAGUACAGAGGAGAAGGGGGUCUGAAAAUUCAAGAAGGUCAUCUACUCUUAAUUUCUUUUUAAAAGUUGAUGGACAGAGAAAAAGGGUGUGCAAGAGUUUGUUUUUGGCAACACUCGGACUAGGGGAAUGGUCUGCCCUUAACUGGGUGCAAGACACAGGAAAUACACAGCAGAAUGAAGCAUUAUGUCACCGACGUAAGGCUCAAGAGUUCAUGAAGAGUUUUCUACGGGAUCUCCCUAAGGUGCCUUCCCACUUCUGUAGGUCGUCAACAUCAAAACAGUUCCUGGAGCCUGUCUUUAAGUCUGUGAUUGAUGUGUAUAAUGUGUACCAUCGAGCUGCUGAGGAAAAGAUGCUGAGACCAUUCUCAAGGCAGGUCUUCUCAGAAGAAUUAAGGCAGCAGAACCUCAGUCUUUACCAUCCAAAGAAGGACCAGUGUAAUACCUGCUGCUCCUUCAAGGCUGGUAACUUGUCAGAUAACGAGUGGCAGGUCCACUUGCUUAAAACUGAAGAGGCCUGUGCGGCAAAAUUGCAGGACAAAAAUGAUGCGAGCGAAAAGACCAUGGUUGUCUGCAUGGAUCUGCAAGCCCUCCUCCUUUGCCCCAGAUUUAACUCAUCGGCUCUUUACUAUAAAACAAAACUCGCCGUCCACAACUUUACAAUUUAUGACAUAUCUACACACGACACCACUUGCUAUGUCUGGCAUGAAGGUGAGGGAGCUCUCUCUUCCAGUGAGUUUGCAUCCUGUGUCACCGAUUUCCUCUCUGAGCAUAAGGAGUAUGAGAAGUACAUUUUGUGGAGCGAUAGUUGUGGGAACCAAAACCAUAAUUUGGUGCUCAGCAAUGCUCUUCUGAAGUUUUCCACAGAGAAUGAGAAGGUAGUGAUUCAGAGGUUCCUGGAGAAGGGGCAUACAGAGAUGGAAUGUGACUCAGUGCACACUGUCAUUGAGAGACGUCUGAGAAACCAGGAGAUCUAUGUCCCAGCGCAAUAUGUUGCCCAGAUGAAGAAGGCGUGCUCCAAGCCCAACCCGUAUAAAGUCAAAUAUGUGGACCAUAACUUCUUCCAAGACUUCACCAAACUGAGGCUCUGCAAGUCUAUCCACCCAGGGAUCAAACUUGAUGACUCAUCUGAUAUCAGAGCCAUCAGGUACAACAUUAAUGGCACGAUGGACUUCAAGAUCCAGCACUCGGCUGAUUGGACUCCAUUUUCAAAGCGCCAACAAAUACAACACACCACCUCAGCCACACCUUCAGUCACUCCACUCUAUACAGAGAGCCUGAAGAUAAAGGAGAUGAAAUACAGACACCUCCAAGACCUCAAGGAGAUCAUACCAAAAGACUUCCACAGCUUUUAUGACAAUCUAAAACACUAGGAAACACAAACACGCUCAGUCACUCACUCACAUGCAUACACAAAACAAAACAAAACAAAAUGACAGACUGCUAAUACAUUGUUGGUAGAUGCAUUGCUGUAAUUUUGUGAGAUCAAUUUUUCAAUGGGUGCCAUCCCUUUGAGCGUGCUUCAGGCCAACGGUUCUGUUUAAAUUGUUCAUUUUGCUACUGUGCUUGCAUCAUUAUCCAAUAUAAAUUAAGAGCAAAUUUUCAUUGAUAAUGGACUACAUGUUUUUAACUUCUUAGAACUUGAUUACAUGCACAAUAAUAAAUGCAUUAAAGUAGGUGAAUCUAUCAAGUGUAUAUUACUAUACUAUUAUUAAAGGGGUCAUGAAUUGAGAAAUAAAAAUUUUCUUUGAGCUUUUGACAUAUAA